GGCAAUUUAGAGCCGCGCGCCCGCGGGAACGUAAGAUGGCGGAGUAGCAAUGCGAAGCUUUUAGUACUGAGUCUCUGGGCUGACUUUGGUUCAGGGCUUGCAGCAGCAGUGAUCGCUGAGCAAAGAGUGCCUAGGGUCAUUGGCCAAGAUGCCGAAUAUCAAAAUCUUCAGCGGCAGCUCCCAUCAGGACUUGUCCCAGAAAAUUGCUGACCGCCUGGGCCUGGAGCUAGGCAAGGUGGUGACUAAGAAAUUCAGCAACCAGGAGACCUGUGUUGAAAUUGGCGAAAGUGUCCGUGGAGAGGAUGUCUACAUCGUUCAGAGUGGCUGUGGUGAAAUUAAUGACAAUCUAAUGGAGCUUUUGAUCAUGAUUAAUGCCUGUAAGAUUGCUUCAGCCAGCCGGGUUACUGCAGUCAUCCCAUGCUUCCCUUAUGCCCGGCAGGAUAAGAAGGAUAAGAGCCGGGCUCCAAUCUCAGCCAAGCUUGUUGCAAAUAUGCUUUCCGUAGCAGGUGCAGAUCAUAUUAUUACCAUGGACCUUCAUGCUUCUCAAAUUCAGGGCUUUUUUGAUAUCCCUGUGGACAAUUUGUAUGCAGAACCAGCUGUCCUGAAGUGGAUAAGGGAGAAUAUAUCUGAGUGGAGGAACUGCACUAUUGUCUCACCUGAUGCCGGGGGAGCUAAGAGAGUUACCUCCAUUGCAGACCGGUUGAAUGUUGACUUUGCCUUGAUUCAUAAAGAACGAAAGAAGGCCAAUGAAGUGGACCGCAUGGUGCUGGUAGGAGACGUGAAGGAUCGGGUGGCCAUUCUAGUGGAUGACAUGGCUGACACUUGUGGCACAAUCUGCCAUGCAGCUGACAAACUUCUUUCAGCUGGAGCCACCAGAGUUUAUGCUAUCUUGACUCACGGAAUCUUUUCUGGCCCCGCCAUUUCUCGCAUUAACAAUGCAUGCUUUGAAGCAGUAGUGGUCACCAAUACCAUACCUCAGGAGGAUAAGAUGAAGCAUUGCUCCAAAAUACAGAUUGCUCGACUCAGAAUCUCUAGAAGAUGGAGCCUAGAAGUCUACGUUUUAACAGGCUCUUCCAGUGAUCAUGAUACUCAAGUUUGCAAGUGUGAUCGACAUCUCCAUGAUUCUUGCAGAAGCCAUCAGGAGAACUCACAAUGGGGAAUCUGUUUCCUACCUGUUCAGCCAUGUUCCUUUAUAACAGAAUAAUUUCUGAGGCUUUUAAAAAAAUAAAGUGAACCCCUUCCCUUGUUUUCCCUUGGUGUUCGAUGGAAAAUUCAGCAGAAGCCCCAGCUUGCUCCAAUAGCUUUCUACAUCCCAUUCCAGGUAUAUUAACUUUUCUCCAAAAUUAGGGAAAGACAGAUUGAGACUACUCAGGUUUCCUACCUGCAUUGUCUCGUUCUGGCUUCUUUGAUUUUGUGGGCCUUGCAGCUUUAACUAUAACUCAGCUUCCGCAAGAUUUCAGACUUUGAAGGGUGUUGUGUGGGGGUGCUUGAAUGUGUUUGGGGAAGCUCAGACUACUUUUCACGUGAAUGCUUCUGAGAUUCCUAGGUUCAGAACUACUAGCAACAGAGCCAACCCCAAAAUAAACAAAAUAAAAAGAACAAAGCCAAACUAGCUCCCAACCCCCCUUAACAUGUGACAAGUUCUCUAAAGUCUAUACUAAAUUACAACAAGAGCCCUAGGCAGCCCAGAAUCCAGCUCUGGUUGCUGAUUCCCUGUAAGGCAGGCAGCUCUCAGGUAGGAGCCUGAGGGAAGGAAGGCAGCACACAGUGCAGCAGAUGCUUCUUGGGAGGAAAAGAGCCUGAUCCCUCAACCUCUGCUAGGAAACUGUCACUUAGUCUCUUUUGUACCUGUUCCUUUUCCAUUUGGUUUGACCUUCAACCAUCUUGACCUUUUCCUGGCUAAAUACCUUCUUGGGCCCAAAUGAUCAUUGUACCAUAGUCUUCUGGAAAGCAAACUUCACUUUUUGCUGUGUAUUCUUUAACAUUUACAUGAGAUUAUUUUGCUGUAGCUUAAUCUUAGCCCACUAUCACUGUGGUAGAAGGUUCUAGGUGGUUUUGUACUGCCUUUUGAUUAAUUUAAGUAUUUAAUUUUCAUCUUAUUUCAUUGGAUCUGUUUGGCCUCUCAAAUGACCUGAGGUUUCUGUUAAAAGAUUGAUGUUACUAGCUUGUGUAGAGGAAACUAAUAAAGUAUCUGUGUGUGAUUGUGGGUCUAUAUCA